UAGCAACUAGCCUUUAAAGAAAGAAUGAGUUAUGGUUUUAUUCUCUUUUGUUUACAACGAACUGAAAACGAUAUCACAACUAUCAACAAUUGACUAAUUUGAUCAGAAGAUAAAGACACCAAACCAAAGCAAAACAAAACUCUUUUGAGACUUUGUAAUUCUACACCAUCACCACAACCAGAAACAAGUCUUAAGCCAAAACAUUCAAAGACGAUUUCUCAAGCAAAACAAAGAUGCUUAAGCAAAAGAUUCUGAUAAGAGUGACGAUGACCGAUGACAAAACCCGAGCAAAAGCAAUGACAAAAGCAGUUCAGUUUAAGGGUUUGUUAAAGACCUUCUCACAAAUAUACCAAACCUUUCUUGGAUUUAAUGAAAAUGGUGUUUUAAUAGGUGUAUCAGCCGUGGAAAUAAAAGGCGAUCACAGGAACCAAAUCGAGGUAACUGGUGUUGAAGUUGAUAUGAUACCCUUGGUUAAAAAAAUCAGAAAGGAAGUAGCAUUUGCAGAGCUUGUAAGCGUGACUAAAGUCGAACCUCCGAAGAAAGAAGAGGAAAAGAAAGGAGGAGAUGGAAAGGAUGCUGCAAAGGGAAAAGACGGCGACAAAAAAGGCGCAGAUGAUAAGAAAGGAGCAGAUGAUAAAAAAGGAACAGAUGAUAAGAAACCUCCUGCGCCUGCGCCAACACCUGUGCCGUGUUAUCAUCCAUGGCCUCAAGGAUAUGGUGUGCCUUCAUUUCCUCAAGGAUACGGUGUGCCUUCUGCUUUUCCUUACCCGUGCAGUCCCUAUAAUUACAUAGGUGAACCUGUUUACAAUCAAGAACCUAAGUGUACAAUCAUGUGAAAAUGGUGUUUACAGAGUAAGAAGAUUCCAUGGAAGAUGAUAUAGACAAUGUUUUUCUUUGUGUAAAGAACUAAAAGAAUCAAUGUGUUAACUAUUUUUACUCUUACCAAUAAAAGCUCUAAGGCAACCAAUUCAACUUAAAA